AUGGCCACUACGCUCAGCUCGCAUCACGCUCAAGCUCCUCAUGAGCUCCAAAACUCACUCUCGCAAUCUUCUUCAACCCGAAAGAUUGACCUGACUCUCUUCCCCGACGGACUCAAAACAACAGGUCAACAUGAACCACUCCCGGAACACAUUCAUCCAUUCGAAGAUUUCCCCAAGGAAAUCAUAGGACGUACUGUCUGGAAAGCGGAGGAUUAUAAAGAUCAUCCCGAAAAAUGGGUUCAUCGGUUUACUCCCGCCGAGGUUGAGGAGUUGAGUUCUGCGGCGGAUCGGUUUAUUGCUGCCGGUACACCAUUGACUGGCAUUACGCAGAAAAAAUUCGUCCUCCCCACUCUUGGACCAUACCUUUACUACGAACUGCGAGAUGAUUUGAUCAAUGGCAAAGGCUUCAUUCUAUUCAAAGGACUGCCCGUCACGGCAUGGGGAAACCGCAAGUCAGCCGUUGCUUACAUGGGCCUGGGUACAUACCUCGGCUACUUUGUGAGUCAGAAUAGUCGUGGUCAUGUUCUGGGACAUGUCAAGGAUCUCGGCGAGGAUCCCACUCAGAUUGACAAGGUUCGCAUUUAUAGAACAAAUGCCCGUCAAUUCUUCCACGUCGAUGACUCGGAUAUCGUCGGUUUGCUAUGUAUCGCUCGUGCGUUGGAAGGUGGAGAGUCCGAUCUGGUCUCUGCCCAUCAUGUUUAUAAUGUGCUUUCGAAAGAGCGGCCAGACGUCUUGAAAACCCUGACGGAACCAAACUGGUACUUUGACCGAAAGGGAGAGACAUCCAAAGGUCAAGAAGAAUAUAUCAAAACAACUGUAUUCUAUCUCGAAAGAACAGAGGAGAAUCCUCGUGUAUACAUCAAAUGGGACCCCUACUUCGUCCGCUCCCUCACCCGCUUCUCCGACAAAGGCAUAAUCCCCCCUCUCUCCGACAGACAACAAGAAGCCCUCCGCGUUCUUGAAGAAACCGCCCAACGUCUUUCGCUACAUAUGAUCCUCGAAGUCGGUGAUAUCCAGUUUUUGGCCAACACGCACAUCUUACAUGCUCGUACUGCGUAUAAAGAUUAUGCGCCACCAGCACCACGCCGGCAUCUAAUGAGGUUGUGGCUCGCGACGCCGGAGAGUGAAGGGGGCUGGAAGUUACCGUUUUGGGAUAGCGAUGAGAAGAAGCGUGGUGGGAUUCAGGUUGAUGAUCAGCCGCCUGUUGCGUUGUUAGAUGCUGAGUAA